AUGUUGGUUACUGUUGUAAUGAUCUCCAACGCUGACGGUCUUGCCAGUUUGCAAAUUAAGCUGUUUGGCUAUUUUGGCCGGACCUGCAGAGCCCCCACUUGCGGUGGAGUGCGUGCCAAAACACGUCGAGCUCCCCUGGCACUGACCACCUCUGGCCCGCAUGCAGUGGUCUCAGCAGCUAAAAGUACAGAGCACUCGUCAGGCGAUGGGUGUCCGUUAAUUCGAACGCCACUCACCACCACCACCACCAAACCACCGAUGCACGGCUGCAUUCGCGCGGAGGUGGUGACGCCCACUCACGGCGUGGGCGAUUCACCGAAAGUACAUCCGCGUUGUCUUGCUCUUGUGAGCCUGAACUAA